GAAACGGGACGUCUGAGUCAAUAUUCCACCUUUUCAGGAUAGUGUAAUUUGAAGAAAUCCAAAUCAAUACCACGACAGAUCAAGAUGCCCAACAGCCAGGCACAACAGAAGAUUCGGUGGUGUCGCCAAAAUCAGCCACAACAACCCGAACCACAAAAACUUUUGCAGCGAUCACCGGAACGGCGACCGUCGGUCACCGGGGAGAAAAGUUUGGAGUACGCUAGGGAUUUGGAAUGCGACAAGUGCGCGCGGAUGUUCCCGACCAAGAGGUUCAUGGCCCAGCACUUGGCGCUGGACAAGCGCAAAUGCCAAAUGUGCUGCAAACGGUUCCGACACGUUAGCAACCUGGUGAACCACGUGCGCGUGCACACGGGCGAAAAGCCGUACACGUGCGCGGUGUGUCGCAGGUCGUUCGCACAGGUGGGUAACUUGCGCACCCACGUCCGCGGUGUCCACUCCGGCCACACGCCGUUCGCGUGCGACGUCUGCGGCCGACAGUUCACGCAGAUGGGCAACCUGGCCACGCACAAGCGCGUUCACGACGCCGACAAGCCGUACGCGUGCGACGAGUGCCGGGUGUCGUAUUGCCAACAAUACCAGUUGGUCAGGCAUCAGAAGAAACACCGCGUAUCCGUCGUCUCUGGUGGUCCUUUGCCACCGGUACCAGCUCUUCCUCCACCUCAGCGCCAAUGAAAGGAUCGCGGUUAAUUGAAUUGGUCAUCAUAAUAAUCAAUCACUAACCAGUAUUAAUAUAAUUAUCAACAGAUCACGGCGUGCGUCACACUCCCGAAGGUCCGGAGAAAAAUUAAGACGCGCAACUAUUAUGAUAUAAUAUUAUUAAAAUAAUAAUAUGUAUAAAUUGUAUUCGAUUAUAGAUUCUAAGAUCAUAUUAUAUUAUUUUUAUGUAAUUCUGCGAACAGGUGUCAUGAAUGCUGAACAGUUAUUUGAGUAUUAUUUAUAUUAUGUUACACUUAAUUGGGUACUUGUCGUUCUACGCCACGAACAAGUAAACAAAGUUAAAUUUACAUUUA